GACGAAACACGCUAAAGCUUCACGCCGAAUAAUUCUUCCAUGGUCAAGAAAAUUACGCCGUUCUUUGUUUCUCCAGCUAUCCGAAUUUUUAUUCUGGUUUCGUGUGCCACUGCGUUUCAACCGAAGGCUUUUCAUGCCAUUGACAUCAACCCGACCAAUCACUUGUUUGGCAGGAGUAACGGGACGCCGAAUCGCAACGAGUGCGCCAUGUCGUUCAACUCCGCAGACCCCAAAAAGGAAUUGUCGGUAGGCUUUAUCGGCUGCGGGACGAUUGCCAGUGCCAUUGCGACCGGCUUGGCCCUGCAAGACAAGGUAUCGGUCACAAACAUCGCCGUUACCAAACGAUCGGAAGCCAAGUCUUCUGCCUUGCAAAAGUCCUUCGGUGACCUCGUUUCGAUACACGAGGAUGCGCAAGAGUUGGUGGAUCAGUCGGAUGUUGUAUUCGUAACUGUUCUACCUGAGCAGGCAUCGCAAGUUCUGCAAGAAGUUACCUUCGACAGCACUCGACAUUCGCUGGUUUCUCUGGUGUCCACCAGUACACUGGACGACUUGAUCAGUGACUCUGGAUUGCCCGCCGAAAAUGUAUCCAAGAUGAUAUGUCUCCCCGCCGUGGCUAAACUCAAGGGCGUUUCACUUGUAGUACCGAAACAAAACCACAAUCCCAUUCUACUACAAAUGCUGGAAAGCUUAGGGGGCUACGUUGAGUGCGAAACACUACACCAGAUGAACGCAAUGAUGGUCCCCACCGGCAUGAUGGGGAGCUUUUACGGUCUGUUACGGAACAAUCGUGACUGGCUUGUGCAGCAGGGUGUGCAGGCCAGCGAUGCUUCCUACUUUGUUGCGAAACAGUACAUGAGCAUGAUGGAAGAUGCCGUCGAAUCUUGCGUGGAUCCGUCACGUUUUGACGAUUUGGUAGAAGAACAGACCCCUGGAGGUUUGAACGAACAGGGUCUGGCGAAUCUAUCGCAACAAGGAGUCUUUCAAUCGUACAAUCAAAUUAUGGAUGCUCUUUUGUCUCGCUUAGAAGGUCGAUCGGACGGAUCGUUAACUGAGAAGUAAAGCCUGUAACACCGGCUGCUCCCUCAUAUUCGAUUCGUAUACCGAGGGCAUUCAUCCGGUGAGAAUGCUUGAAAUAUGCAAACGACCUACGCCUUGCUUGUUUAUACUUUUGGGAGACACAUAAACACUGCAGCAGCUGACUGUGAAAUCUCGAUUGCCUGAUCUUUGAUUGUGAAUGAGGUGCAAGGCAAUUGCUUUGAUAGUUAACAGAAAGGAUUUAGCUUUUUCUAUGAGCCUAGCU